AACUUUCUCAAAAGUAGACUUGCUUUCAAGAGAGCUUUCUCAGAUUCUCUCUCUCAAUAAUAUAUCCUCGCUCUCUCUCUCUCCUCUUCUGAUAAGCCCUGAAAUCUGAAACCCUUGAUUUUCCUUUCAGGUUUUUCAUCAAACAGGCACCAUGAUUAGGUUGUUCAAAGUAAAAGAAAAACAGAGAGAGCUUGCAGAAAGUGCUAAUGGGAAGCCUCCAGUGAAGAAACAAAGUGCUGGAGAACUUCGUCUUCAAAAAGAUAUCAGUGAACUGAAUCUGCCAAAAACCUGUACCAUUUCAUUCCCUAAUGGCAAGGACGAACUGAUGACUUUUGAAGUUACCAUUCGUCCUGAUGAAGGAUAUUAUCUGAAUGGAACAUUUGUUUUCUCAUUUCAAAUUUCACCCAUCUAUCCUCACGAGGCACCAAAGGUGAAAUGCAAGACAAAGGUCUACCAUCCAAAUAUUGACUUAGAUGGAAAUGUCUGUCUAAACAUUCUUCGCGAAGACUGGAAACCUGUUCUGAACAUAAACACCAUCAUUUACGGGUUGUAUCACCUUUUCACGGAACCUAACCACGAGGAUCCACUCAAUCAUGACGCUGCUGCUGUGCUGAGAGACAACCCAAAAAUGUUUGAGUCUAAUGCUAGGAGAGCAAUGGCUGGUGGCUACGUUGGCCAAACUUUCUUCCCGCGCUGCAUAUAGUAUGUGAAGUUUCCAGAAGCUGCCAGACUUGGAAGCUAGUUCAAAUCUGCCACUAAAUUGAUGUAUCUAAGAAGCAGAAAAGAUGUUUGUAUGCGAUCAUAACUUUAUCCUUUAUGUUGGCUAUUCAUUAUGCACUAUAUGAAAGUUCAAGACCUUUGUUUGGAAGAGUGAUGGAUUUGAUUUCUGUUUCA